UCCUUUCUCUCUCCUUCUUUUACUCUUCUUACGCCAUUUCUCUCUUCGUUAAAAACCUCAAUCUGUCUCUCUCAUUCUCCUUUUCUUAACCCUAUUCUCUUUUUCUCUUUCUUCUUCUAAUUCUCUCGUUGGAUCUCAAUGUUUUAUUCUUUGUAUGCUCGGAUCCUCUUGCUUCUUUUUUACAAUUUCCGGUUAGCUUCCCCGUCUUUUUCUCGUCAUUUCCUUCUGGGUUUUGGGGUUUUAUUCAUCUCGAUCUAUUACAUUUGAGUCUCUCUAAUUUCCUAAAAUUAGGGUGCUCCAUUUUAACUUUUGUUUCAGCUCUUAGCUCAUUUAGGAGCUAUUAAUUGAGUUAAGAGUCUGUUUGUGUUUGGAUUUUAAUCUAUUCAGGAUUUCACCUUGCUGUUUGAAUGGUUCUUUUCUGUGGGUGGAGAUUGGUGUGAUAUUGUCAAGAGAUGAGUCACACAACAAGUGAUAGUGAUGAUAGGGUGCUUUCCAGAGGUCAGACUGAUUUGCCGUUAGUGGAUGAAGGUGGCAAUUCUGUUCAAGGAGUUAUACUGAAGAAAGGACCAUGGACAUCUGCUGAAGAUGCAAUUUUAAUUGACUAUGUUAAGAAGCAUGGAGAAGGGAACUGGAAUGCUGUUCAGAAGAACUCAGGGUUGUUCCGUUGUGGCAAAAGCUGCCGAUUGAGAUGGGCAAAUCACCUGAGGCCAAACUUGAAGAAGGGCGCAUUUACUCAAGAAGAAGAGCAGCUGAUUGUUGAGCUCCAUGCCAAAAUGGGAAACAAAUGGGCACGCAUGGCUGCACAUUUGCCGGGUCGCACAGAUAAUGAGAUAAAGAAUUACUGGAAUACUCGAAUUAAACGACGUCAACGUGCUGGCUUGCCUCUCUAUCCUCCAGAAGUGUCUUUCCAAGCAUUGGAGGAGAGUCAAAACCAAAACAUUGGUGGAAUCAAUAAUGGGGUUAAAGGUCAUCCUGAUAUCUUGCAGGCUAAUGGUUAUGAGAUACCUGAUGUUGUAUUUGACAGUUUAAAAGCCAAUCAGGGUGUCUUACCUUAUGUCGCUGAACUUCCUGAUAUUUCCUGUAGCAACAUGCUGAUGAAAGGUCUGGGCUCUCCAUUCUGUAGCUUCAUGCCACCAACAAUUCAUCGCGAGAAGCGUCUACGAGAAUCUGUGGGAUUAUUCUCUGGUUAUAGUGAAAGAGCAAAGAACGAGUUCUGCUCAUUUGAUCAGUUCCAGAAUGAUACUCCUGAUAAGAUGGCUCCACCAUUUGGGCUGCCUUUUCCUCUGGAUCAAGAUCCUACAACCAAAGCCCCUGAGACUUUUGGGGUAAUACAGGGUGGCCAGACCCUUUCAAAUGGCAAUUUCUCUGCUUCUACGCCCACUUCAGGGGCUGUGAAGUUGGAGCUCCCUUCACUCCAAUAUCCAGAAACUGAUUUAAGUAGCUGGGGUACAUCAUCUCCCCCACAACCUUUACUUGAAACAGUUGACUCUUUUAUUCAGUCUCCUCCAACUGGUACUGUUGAGUCAGAUUGCCCUUCACCGCGCAACAGUGGCCUGCUUGAUGCUUUACUCCAUGAGGCAAAAACUUUGAGCAGUGCAAAGAAUCAUUCCUCUGACAAGAGUUCAAAUUCAUCUUCUGUUACUCCUGAUAUAGCUGAUAGUUGCCUGCCGAAUGUUUGUCAAAAUGAAUGGGAAGACUACUGUGACCCCCUUUCUCCACUGGGUCAUUCUGCAACCUCUCUCUUCAAUGAGUGCAGUCCACUCAGUACCAGUGGAAGUUCAUUGGAUGAACAAGCUCCGAUUGAGCCAUAUGUUGGGUGCAAGGUGAAAUUAGAACCGGUUGACCAGGCAUGGACUCCUGAUAGAGGAAAAGAAAGCAGUAACCUGUAUGAUCUUAGUCAGGCUGAUGCUUUACUUAGUUCAGACUGGCUUGAGCAGGGGUCUGCUUAUGUUAAGAACCCAACUGUGAUUACUGAUGCCAUAGCAACCUUUUUUGGAGAUGAUUUGAGCAGUGAAUAUAAGCAGAUGACAACAGGAACUUUGACAGCAAGUCAAGGAUGGGGCUUUGGUUCUUCUGCAUGGAAUAACAUGCCGGCAGUGUGUCAAAUGUCUGAACUCCCUUGAAGUCUGUAGUGAUUUCGGAAAUGUAUGAACUGCUUUGAAACUUUUUUUGGUUGAUUGGUUUGAAUAUUGCUAGUCAGGUAAUGGUGCCUGGCGGACAGCAAAAGUUGAUUUGGGGUUUUGAACUUGUGGCAUGAUUUGUAUGGGUCAUUUGUGGAUUUUGAUUUCUUGAUUCCUGAACCAGUGUGAAUGCCUGUAUGCAAAAUUUGGAAUUUAUUAGAUAUAAAUGCAUUCAGGCUUCUUGUUUUAGUUUUUUAA